UCGAAAAGAAAUGCGACAAAAGCGCAGGCGUAACAGAGAGGGGGAAGAUAAAGUGAGAGUGGUGAGAGCGAGUGGGUGGCUGAAGAGCGCAAAGAGAGCGCGCAUGCAAAUAUGAAAGAGGCAAAUUGCGAAUCGAAAUUAAUGCAAUUGGCGGCGACGUCGCUGUCGCUGUCGCUGUCGACAGCGACGUCAAAUUAAUGCAGCAAAAUAGACGAAAUAAUUAAAGUGGGCUUACAAGAAAUUGUAGUAAACAAUAGUUUAUAAAAAUGCUUGCAACAUGCGCGCGCCGCCACAGUUGUAAGCGAGACGCUGACCGACACACCGAGAGUCCAAGUCCAACGAAAGUCAACAACAACAACAACAAUAAAAAAUUUUACGCGCCCGUCGUGGCAGUCGUAACGGCUUUUCAAACCAAACGGGAAACGUAGAUGGCUACUGCAACGAGUUUAAAUUAAAGAAGGAAGCAGUGUGUGUGUGCGUGUGCGUAUGUGUGUGUGUGUUAAUUAAGUUUAAAUUAAAAAUUAAAUGCGUGUGCCAACAAGCAGCAGCAACAAAAAGCAACACAAAUGUUUUUACAAUCGGCAAGUUUUUCAAUUAUUGCCACAUUGACAGCGCGCAGGCUGCUGCUGGCCUGCGUCGCUGCGCUGUCGCUGUCGCUGCUACAUGUUGGCGGCUUCGCCGACGCGCUGGACUGGCAACAGGUUAAGCCAAUGUAUUUAGUGUCCAUGUAUCCGGGCCCGUUCGGCAUGGCCUUGUCCCAGACACCAUCCGCCACCUCGCUGUCCGCCGAACUGGACGCGGAAAUGAGCGCCAGCAAUGAUGAGAGUCGAAUUAGCGACAGCGCCGCCGACGCCGUCGCUGCUGAGCCCGAGCCAUUGGUAUUGAACCUGGAGACGACGCCACUGCUGGACAGCAUGUUGCCGGAGGGUGCCAUGGCCAUGGAUCGCAUCUUCGGCGGCGAUGUGGGCAAUCCCCAUUGUUUUCCCUAUCAGGUGGGCAUGCUGCUGCAGCGUCCCAAGGGUCUAUACUGGUGCGGCGGUUCCCUAAUCUCUGAUCAGCAUGUGCUAACAGCCGCCCACUGCGUGGACAUGGCCAAACGCGCCUUGGUCUUUCUGGGCGCCAAUGAGAUCAAGAACGCCAAGGAGUCGGGUCAGGUGCGUCUAAUGGUGCCCAGCAGCAAUUUUCACAUCUAUCCCACAUGGAAUCCCAAGCGUCUGAAGGACGACAUUGCGCUUGUACGACUGCCACACGCGGUCAGCUUCAAUGAACGCAUCCAUCCCAUACAGUUGCCCAAGCGGCACUAUGAGUACCGCAGCUUCAAGAACAAGCUGGGCAUUGCCUCAGGCUGGGGCCGCUAUGCCACGGGCGUCCACGCCAUUAGCAAUGUCCUGCGCUAUGUGCAGCUCCAGAUCAUCGACGAUCGCACCUGUAAGCGCAAUUUUCCGCUGUCCUUUCGAGGCACGAACAUCUGUACGAGCGGUCGGAACGCCAGAUCCACCUGCAAUGGCGACUCUGGUGGGCCGCUGGUGUUGCAGCGGCGCCACUCCAAGAAACGCGUCCUGGUGGGCGUCACCUCGUUCGGCAGCAUCUAUGGCUGCGAUCGUGGCUAUCCUGCGGCCUUCACCAAGGUUGCCUCGUACCUGGACUGGAUUAGCGAUGAGACGGGCGUUCACUCGCACCAGGACACCACGGAGGCCAUUUUCUUCGAUCAGUAUAUCAAGAACUACGGCAAGGAGCACCAAAAGCGCAAACUGCGAACCGACCACCAGCCCGACGAUGAUGUGCCCGACGAGCUGGACGUGCAUCCCCCACUGUCCGACGAGGACACGUCCGAGGAUGUCAGCCGACGGCCACAUUCCAAAUCCAAAUACGACUUUUAUUUCUUGUAGCUUCAACAAAAUAAACUUUUACUUUAAGCUGA